GAGCAUGGCAAAGUCCUCAUCAAGGCUGCUAAACUCAAAAACAUCACCCAAAUCAAGACUGCAUCCCAGAGAGGCCAGAUUUAAGACGAAGCUUUUGCACAAACACGACUUGGCCCUAAUGAGACUGUGAGACGGAAAAUGUCUCGUCACGGUAAAGAGUUACUGGAGCACGUUCCAUAUGUUCCUCCACUGGCUCUCCACGGGAUCUCCAUGGAAAACCCUGGAGCGCACUACAAGGAUGCGCUUGGACUUGGAAUGCCUAUCCACCUAGAUGCUGCGUAUCUGGACCCUGUGCACGGCCAGAGGUUAUCCUACAGACGCUUGUCCUAUUUCCCCUUCCACGGACACCUCGGUGUGUACGAUUACGCCUUCGAGCCCGCGUUCAUCCGGAAAAGGAACGAGAGGGAGCGGCAUCGGGUGCGCUGCGUAAACGAGGGUUACGCGCGGCUCAGAGAGCAUCUGCCGCAGGAACUGGAGGACAAGAGGCUCAGCAAGGUGGAGACUCUUCGAGCGGCCAUUGACUAUAUCAAACACCUGCAGAGCCUGCUGGAGUUCAACGUGUCCGGGAUGGACAUGUCACUCGGAGGAGCGCGCAAUCGUGCGCCGGAGCCACAGAGGACAGAGUGCAACAGUGAUGGAGAAUCCAAAACCAGCCUCAGCGACAGCGGGGACACCGCUUACUAGACUGUCUGCUUUUUUUCUCUAACCUGUCACUUAUUCAUUAAACUGUCAUAAUAAAGAACAUUAAUAAUGCAAAGGCAACUCAAACCAGCCUUGAACUUGAAUUGACAACAAUUGCAAAAGAAAAAAAAUCUGAUCCACCACCUAUAAUUCAAGCUAUCAGUGGAUAAAAUGAAAUAAAAUUAUACAAUUUUUAGGAGCCUGAUUUUUUUUUUUUUUUUCUUUCCAGCCCCAACAUGUUAAUAGUGGCUUGACCGGGAAUGCACUGACUAAACUAUAAGCGCUACUUUCAAAUGGACGCAAUAGCCAAUUUUGGGAGAGCAGACAAAUGAAUUUGUUCUGGCAAAGAAAAAGAAAAAAACGUUAUUGUUCUUGUUCUUGUUUGGUGGCUGUUUAAGUUGUGAUAAUCACUAAAUGGAGGAUAAAGUCCAUGUUUGCCAGCACAUCACUGGGUAUGAAAUAUAUUACACUAAAAAAGCAAACAAUUCAAUAACCAAAGUCAGAUUAGGCAGGAAAAAAGAAAAGAGGAACUGGUGAUAAAAUAUACACUUUCAUCUUGUUUAUAUUAAUAUAAAAUAGGACAGGUAGUCAUGCUGCUUGACAAAUUUAAUUUAAUAAGAGGGAUUAUAAGUAAUCUUUCUCUGAAACACUUGAUUGACAAGUUGAGCAUCUCUAUUUUGUCA